CUGUCCAGGGUGCUGAAGGUCCACUGAGAUCGCUUGUUUAAGUUAUAAAAUAGCCAAUAUCACACGGGGGACAACUUCGGGAGUAUCCACGUAACCUGUGAUCAUGUUUCAAGUUUAUACAUCACCAAUAGACCAGAUGAGCCGGGCUGUUCGCUAUCUAUCUAUCUUUUAGAUCUUUAUAAACAGGACGCAAUGUAUCGCGAAUUGGAGUCGACGCCUAAUUUGGAUUAUGUGAAAUAUCUAAACAAAGCUCAACUUCUGGAUCUUCUGGAAGACGAAGAAACGAUACGAGCCACUGUCAGAGUCAAUUCAAAGUUAAAGGCUCUUCAGAGAUCUAAAGCAGUCUUGCUGUCCUCCAAUUGCUGGCUGGCAAAGCAAAAUUUAGUUUAUAAGCCCUAUUUGACCAAAACUAAGCUACUCUUAGCUGAAAAACACCAGGAACUUGGUCAACUGGUCUCAUCAAUUCAACACAAAGAAAGCAAGCUGGAAACUUUACAGCAGAAAUUCAAUCUUCGACUGAUUCAUAGAUUAUUUAAAGAGAAGAUCAAUCAUUCUGUGAGGGAAUCUAAGUAUAUAUGGCAGACAUUCAAAGAAGGAAAACUGCUGCCUAAAGAUUUUGUGGAAUUACUCCAAAACGCACAGAAAUUGUACCAUAAACGUCUGGUUCAGGCCGAGAAGAUCCAGGAUCUCAUUGCAAAGACAACAGUUUACGAGAGAGAUGUUUUUCCUUACAUUGGGCAUCAUUUAAACCUUCAGCACACACCAACCACAAUCAAUGUUUUUGCUGGCGUCUCUCCUGUUAUCUUGCUGCCUGAUCUUCAGACAUCACAUCUUGCUCCCCUGAGGCAUCAUGGCUGUCUUGAUUCUUUUUUGAUACCCAACAAAGACCAUUGUGGGUGCACAGAGAUUCAUAGAUGGCCACAAAGACAUUGUUUUUUAAAGCCACUUGAGAAGAUUCACAAGCCAAAAACUCCAGAGUAAAAUGUUCUGAACAU